UGGCAUGGUCUUGUUCAUAAUGUAAAUAAAUGUAAAUUUGAAACGAAGCCGUUUAACUCGUGUAAUACUGUCUUGUAGAAUUUAAAUGUAAACAAAUACACUGUCGAAAACAUUGUAUUAAAAGUAAUUUCUACCUUUUUCGUUUAUUUUUUUGUAUCUGUCUUCUUCCAUCAUGUCUGCAGUUGGAAUUGAUUUUGGCAAUGAAAAUUGCUAUGUUGCUGUUGCUAAAGCGGGAGGAAUCGAAACUAUAACCAAUGAUUAUAGUCAACGCGCUACUCCGUCAUAUGUUGCUUUUGGUCCUACUUGCAGAGAUUUAGGAACAUCUGCAAAAAAUAAAUUUAUUACAAAUCUGAAGAGCACAAUCUGUAGUUUUAAGCGUCUUAUUGGGAAAAAAUUUAGAGAUCCUACAUUACAGUAUGAACUGUCAUAUUUACCAUUCACUGUUCAUGAAUUACCAAAUGGCAGUGUUGGUGUUAAGGUUUCAUAUUUAGGAAAUGAAGCAAUUUUUACUGUUCCUCAAAUAGCUGCUAUGUUAAUAACAAAAUUGAAAGAUAUUACCGAAACAGCCCUUGCAAGUAAAGUUACAGAUUGUGUGGUUUCUGUUCCAAUAUUUUUUACUGAUGCUGACAGAAGAGCAAUGUUGGAUGUCUGUAAAAUUGCUGGUCUGAAUGUUCUUCGCCUUCUUAAUGAAACUGCUGCUGUUGCUCUUGCUUAUGGUUUCUACCGCCAAGAUUUGUUAGAUGACAAGCCCAAAAAAGUUGUUUUUAUUGACAUUGGACAUUCAUCUGUACAGGCUUCACUUUGUGACAUGUAUCGAUCAAAGCUAGAAGUGUUACAUAGUACUUGGGAUUAUUGCCUAGGUGGCAGAGACAUAGAUAACUGUAUGGUUCGUUACUUCAGCCAAGAAUUCAAAACUAAGUAUAAUUUGGAUGUCUUAUCAAAUAAUCGUGCUAUAGUUCGUUUAUUACAAGAAUGUGAGAAGUUAAAAAAGCAGCUAAGUGCUAAUCCACAGGUACUUCCAUUAAGUAUUGAAUGUUUCAUGGAAGAUAAAGAUGUCUGUAGUUCUUUAGGCAGGGAGAAAUUGGAAGAGCUUUGUACUAGCAUUCUGGUCAGAAUAGAAACAGUCUUUAGGAAGCUGUUAAAUGAAUCAAGUGUUCAUCUAAAUGAAAUCUUUUCUAUUGAACUUGUUGGUGGCACUACCAGAAUGCCAGCUGUGAAAAGUAUUAUUAAAAGGGUUUUUGGAAAAGAACCAAGUACAACAUUAAAUUUGGAUGAAGCAGUUGCUCGAGGGUGUGCUCUUCAAGCUGCUAUGCUGUCUCCAACAGUAAAAGUCAAAGAAUAUGGUAUUACAGAUGUGCAACCUUUUUCAAUAAAGUUGGCUUGGAACAUAUCCAAAAAUGAACGUGGGGAUCUUGAAGUUUUUCCACGUAAUCACCCAGUCCCUUUUUCAAAACUGCUUACAUUCUUUAUAAGAGAAGAUUUUACGUUGGAUACAUAUUAUAGUGGUGGGAAAGAUAGAAGUGCUUCAGAUGUUCUUAUUGGUUCCUUUACCAUUAAGUAUAAUAGUCAGACACCCAGUGCUGAAAGUAUCAAAAUAGUAGUCAAAAUACGUAUUAAUAUUAAUGGAAUUUUCAGUGUUCGUUCUGCUGUUAUUGUUGACAAGGAUUUUAAGGAAAAUAUGACACUCGAUCAGAAAAAUGAAGACCUGUUAGAUGUGAAAAUCAAAACUGUAGAUUCUCCUCAGGAUACUGUUCUAAAUGAGGAAAAAAGAAGAGAUUUCUUUUCGUUGAAAAAACACAAAAAAAUUUUACAAGGUGUAGAGCUUCAAAUAAUGCCAAAAGUGCCUCAAUUGUCAGAUAGCGAGUUAAAAACAUUUAUUGAAUCGGAGCAAAGAAUGAUUCAUCAAGAUCGAUGCGAAGAAAGAAGAAUUAAUGCUAAGAAUUCUGUUGAAGAAUAUGUGUAUGAAAUGCGAGAUCAUCUCUCUAAUCAACUUAAACCAUAUACUGAUGAGCAGGAGUGCAUUGAUUUUAAGCAUAAACUUGGUUAUGUGGAAAAUUGGAUCUAUGAAGAUGGUGAAAAUCAAAAUGAAGCUGUUUAUGAAGAAAAAUUAUCUGAAUUGAAAUCAAUGGCUGAACCUAUCUUGAGAAGAAAAUAUGAAUGUGAACAUAGAACACCUGCUAUAGAAGAAUUUCAGAAUCUGAUCUCUGAAGCUCAAAACAUUUUAAGUUCUUACUUAUCUCCUGAUUCUCCAUAUUCUCAUAUUGAUCCUAGAGAUAUGGAAAUGGUUCAGAAACUUGUUGAUGAGAAAUUGAAAUGGCUUCAACAGCAAAUGGAAAGUUUAAAAGAGCUUAAAACACAUGAAAAUCCUCCUGUCUUAACUGAACAUAUAAAUGCUGAGAAAGAGAAAUUGAAGCAAGCAAUUUAUCCCAUUUUCAACAAACGAAAACCAAAAGCUGAAAAUCCCAAUACCAAGUGUCAGAAACCUCAGUCCAGUAAUAAUUGUUGAUAUUGUAUAUUUGUAAAUUAUCACAUUUAUUUAUUUCAUUAUGUAACAUAAUUAUGAGUAGAGUAAUUACAGAAAUGUGUAAUUUCAGAUUUAGUUGAUUUUCUAACUUACCACUUCAUUGUUAUCCAUGUUGCAAUAAUUCACAAGAGAUCUGUUUUUCUUUGUAAAUUUAUAUACAGUAGAGCAUUUCAUGUUUUGUUUCAAUUUACUGUGAUCUUUAUUUGUUAGAAACUCAUGUUUGGAAAUUAGAUUUUAUAAAAAGAGACUGUGUUGUAGAGUGUGAUUUAAUGUGAUUUUGCUUUGCAACAAUCAUUUCAAUAACUUCAUUGUAUUAAAUGUAAUUUUUAGCUUUAUGUAUUUAUUAUUUUGUUUAAUAUUUUUGGCCAUCUAAUUUUUGUGAAUGAACCUUAUCAACGCACACAUAAUACUGAAAGAUAGAAGAAAAUGAAUAUCAUAUUGGCUUAAAUGUAAGAUAAAGUCUUUCCCUUAAAACAUCCUUCUGAAAACCUUAGUCAUUGUGUAUAUCUGCAUUCCAGAUUUAAAAAAUUUCUUAAUUAUUCAUUUAUUAUUUAAUUUUUAUACUAAAGAAAAAGAAAAGUAUAUACAGUACAAAGUCCAUAUUUGGGACUUUGGCGGUUCCAGAUUAGAGAUCAUCAGUUUAAACCUGGUAAGAUGGCAUGCAGAAAUUAUACAGUUAAAAAUAUGAAACCAUAAUUUAUGAAAUAAAGAGCAAUUAUAAUCUAAAGUAUAUCAAAAUUUACAAAAAAAAAA